GAAAAAAACAGUCCUGCCCUUUCUGAAGAUUUCCUGUUUCAUGAAAGUGCAUACAUACUGUCUGACUCAUAUACGGCGAAUUCUGACUGCACUAUUUACUUUAACCCAGGGUUGCUUGAGACGCACGAGAGCAACAGGCAGACUGAAAAAUAAAUCCGAAGAACGUCUCGAAUUAAAGUCUGGAUAUUUACUGUAAUCAAGCUUUUAGUAAAUGAAAAGAAGAGUAGUUUGUAAUCCGUUUCUAAAUGGAGCUACUUCGGUUUUCUGCUUUCUGGUGUGGAACGAUACUCUUUGGUAGUGUUCUGCUAGAACAGAAGGGGGUCUCGUCAAUGAACAUGCUGAAGCUGAAGCUUCUGUGUAAGUUCUGUGACGUGGAGUCUACCAGCUGUACGGGCACAGGGAGCUGUAUGACCGACUGUGGCAUCACAUCCAUCUGCCCCCAUCCAGAGGACGUGUGUGUCAGCAUUUGGAGAAAGAGAGUUGACAACGUCACCAUAGACACGAUAUGCCACAACCCAGCCCAUAAGCUGCAUGGUCUGGUGCUGGAGGGCUAUAACAACAGCAAGUGUGAGAUGAGGGAGAGGAAUGGCAUGGGCUCCCAGUUCUUCAUCUGCUCCUGCUCCGAGGACGAGUGCAACAACCACGUGUUCUUCACUCCCUACUCUCUUGACUCCCAGGUGGUGUCGGUGAUCCUGGUCAGCCUGGUUCCUCUGCUGGUUCUGGCCAUGCUGGUCAUCACAUCCUUCUAUUGGUACCGCAUCUACCACCAGCGCCACGCCGGUGCCAAGCGCAAGAAGACGCCGCUCGACUUCAGCGACGGCCGCGCCAUCAUGAUGGACGACGACGGCUCGGACAGCAGCUCCACGCACGCCAACAACCUCAACCACAACACGGAGCUCCUCCCCAUCGAGCUGGACUCCCAGGUGGGCAAGGGCCGCUUCGCUGAGGUCUACAAGGCCAAGCUGAAGCAGGGCGCCACGGGAGCCGGUGAGCCCUUCGAGACCGUCGCCGUCAAGAUUUUCGCCGAUGAAGAGUAUGCCUCGUGGAAGAACGAGAAGGACAUCUUCUCGGACGCUGACCUGCGCCACGAGAACGUCCUGCACUUCCUGACAGCGGAGGAACGUAAGGUGGAGAAACAGUAUUGGCUGAUCACGGCCUACCACCCCCAGGGCAACCUCCAGGAGUACCUGACGCGCCACGUCAUCAGCUGGGACGACCUGUGGGUGCUGGGCGGGUCGCUGGCGAGGGGCGUGGCCCACCUGCACAGUGACCACACGUUGUGCGGACGCUACAAGGUGCCAAUCGUCCACCGGGACAUCAAGAGCUCCAACAUCCUGGUGAAGGGGGACCUCACCUGCGUCCUGUGUGACUUUGGCCUGGGUCUGCGUCUGGACAACUCGCUGUCUGUGGACGAGCUGGCCAACAGUGGACAGGUGGGCACUGCCAGGUACAUGGCCCCUGAGGUGCUGGAGUCCAGGAUCAACCUGGAGAACAUCGAGUCGUUCAAGCAGACGGACGUCUACUCCAUGGCCCUGGUACUGUGGGAGAUCACCUCCAGGUGCAACGCCAUUGGAGAGGUAAAGGACUACGAGCCCCCCUUCGGUAAGGUGAGGGAGCACCCGUGUGUGGAGAGUAUGAAGGACAGCGUUCUCAGAGACAGGGGACGACCAGAGAUCCCCAGCAGCUGGAUCAACCACCCAGGCAUUCAGGUGGUGUGCGGCACGAUAGACGAGUGCUGGGACCACGACCCCGAGGCCAGGCUGACUGCACAGUGUGUGGCCGAACGCUUCAAUGACAUGGAGCACCCAGACAAGCUGUCUGGACGCAGCAACUCAGAGGAGAAGAUUCCCCAGGACAUCUCUGUGACGGAGUUUGAAGAGAUUGAGAAGAAGGAAGUAUGCCUCAGAAACUACAAUGCCCCUGCUGGGGAGGCUGAGAACUACAAUCAACCAAGCAGCUGAGAGAGAUUUAAGUGGAGAGUCUCUUCGUAUAUGCUCUGUUUAUUUGUCCUGCUUGUGACUCCAAGGAACAAACAGUUUGGCUGUUGUGUGUCAUGGAUGUAAAAGGGAACAAAACUGAACAAUCCAAUCAGCAAGGAAUUUAUAUCAUGAUUUUUUAUUUUUUUAAAGAUAUACAGCAUUUGCUCCAAAGACGGAUUAAAGCCAUGACUGGACUGGUGAAAAUAUAAAGCCCUCUUAACUAAAUACUGUUUGCACUUUAUCAAUAGCUAUGCAUACCAAAUGAUGUACAGUACCAGUCAAAAGUUGACACACCUACGCAUUCCAGGAUUUUCCUUUGUUUGUACUAUUUUUUACAUUGUAGAAUAAUAGUGAAGACAUCAAAACUAUCAAUUAACACAUAUGGAAUC